GAAGCGAAAGCGAAAGCGAAAGGCGCAGGAGCGCGGCUGCGCUCGCUGGGGGAGCAGCGCCGGCGAGCGGAAGGGGGAGACGAAGUUGAGACCGCGGGAGCGCGUUUCAGAGCUCGGUCUUCAGCGCUCCACGGAAAGACCUUCGGAGCCGUGGUCCCGAAGCCGCCGCUGGUAACGCCAUGUGGCUCCCUGACCUGAGACCCUGGGCCUCCCUGCUGCUGGUGGACUUGGCCUUACUCUGGCUGCUUCAGGGGACCCUGGGGGAUGUGCUUCCCCCAGGAUUUCCAGGCCUGUGGCUGGAGGGGACCCUGCGACUUGUAGGGCUGUGGGGGCUGUUGAAGUUGGGGGGUCUGCUGGGAUUUCUGGGAACACUGCUGCCCCUGCUCUGCCUGGCAACCCCCCUGUUUCUCUCCUUGAGGGUCCUGGUCCCAGGGGCCUUAAGUGCUCCCCCACUCAGAGUGGCUUCAGCAUCUUGGAGUUGGCUGCUGGUGGGGUACGGGGCUGCAGGGCUAGGCUGGGCAGUGUGGGCUGUGCUGAGCCCUCCAGGAGCCCAGGAGAGAGAGCAGGGCCAGGAGAACAACAGAGCCUUGAUGUGGAGGCUGCUGAAGCUCUCCAGGCCAGACCUGCCUUUCCUGGCUGCCGCCUUCUUCUUCCUUGUUGUCGCUGUGUUGGGUGAGACAGUAAUCCCUUACUAUUCUGGUCGUGUGAUUGACAUUCUGGGAAGUGAUUUUGACCCUGAUGCCUUUGUCAGCGCCAUCUUUUUCAUGUGUCUCUUCUCCAUUGGGAGCUCACUGUCCGCGGGCUGCCGAGGAAGCGCCUUCACCUUCACCAUGUCUAGAAUCAACUUGCGGAUUCGAGAGCAGCUUUUCUCCUCCCUUCUGCGCCAGGACCUCGGUUUCUUCCAGGAGACUAAGACAGGGGAGCUGAAUUCACGGCUGAGCUCCGACACCACCCUGAUGAGUUGCUGGCUGCCUUUAAACGCCAAUGUGCUCUUGCGGAGCCUGGUGAAAGUGGUGGGACUGUACAGCUUCAUGCUCAGCCUGUCACCUCGGCUCACCCUCCUCUCUCUGGUCCACGUGCCUCUCAACAUAGCAGCUGAAAAGGUGUACCGCGUCCGCCGUCAGGCAGUGCUUCGGGAGACCCAGGAUGCAGUGGCGAAGGCAGGGCAGGUGGUGCGGGAGGCCGUUGGAGGACUGCAGACUGUGCGCAGUUUUGGGGCCGAGGAGCAGGAGGUCUGUCGCUAUAAGGAGGCCCUUGAACGAUGUCGGCAGCUGUGGUGGCGACGAGACCUGGAGCGAGCCCUCUACCUUCUCAUAAGGAGGAUGCUGCACUUGGGAGUGCAGGUGCUCAUGCUGACCUGUGGGCUGCAGCAGAUCCUGGCCGGGGACCUCACGCGGGGCGGGCUGCUCUCCUUUCUGCUCUACCAGGAGGAUGUGGGCAGCUAUGUGCAGACCCUGGUAUACAUGUUUGGGGAUAUGCUGAGCAACGUGGGGGCUGCCGAGAAGGUUUUUCACUACCUGGACCGACAGCCAAAUCUGCCUCCCCCCGGAACCCUGGCCCCUCCCACUCUGCAGGGGCUGGUGGAAUUCCAGGAUGUCUCCUUUGCUUAUCCCAAUCGCCCUGACCAGCCUGUGCUCAAGGGGCUCACGUUCACCCUACGUCCUGGUCAGAUGACCGCACUAGUGGGGCCCAAUGGGUCUGGGAAGAGCACAGUGGCUGCCCUGCUGCAGAAUCUGUACCAGCCCACGGAGGGGCAGCUGCUGCUGGAUGGGGAGCCCCUUCCCCAGUAUGAACACCACUACCUGCACCAACAGGUGGCUUUGGUGGGGCAGGAGCCUGUGCUGCUCUCGGGUUCUGUGAGGGACAACAUUGCUUACGGGCUGAAGAGCUGCAGUGAUGAAAAGGUGAUGGCUGCUGCCCAGGCUGCCAAAGCGGAUGAGUUCAUAAAAGAAAUGGAGCGUGGACUAAAUACAGAUGUAGGAGAGAAAGGGAACCAGUUGGCCGUGGGACAGAAACAACGUCUGGCCAUUGCCCGGGCCCUUGUGCGGGACCCACGAGUCCUCAUCCUGGAUGAAGCCACCAGUGCCCUGGACGUCCAGUGUGAGCAGGCUCUGCAGGACUGGACGUCCCGCGGGGACCGCACGGUGCUGGUGAUUGCUCACAGGCUGCAGAUGAUUCAGAGCGCUGACCAGGUCCUGGUGCUCAGGCAGGGAGAGCUGGUGGAUCAUGCCCAGCUCAUGGAGGGGCAGGACCCCUAUUCCUGCCUGGUGCAGCAGCUUCUGGAGGACUGAGGCCCCAGGGACACUGGGCCCUUCUCAUGGCCAUCUUCAUGACCCAGAGUAGCUCCUGCUUUGAGUUUCCCUGGGGCUGUGCCCCUGGGUAGUUGUUUCCGGAGUUGGAGGCAUGAUGGAGAUUUGGACUGUGUGUGCUCUCGUUGAGGGUGGGGGUGGGGGUGGGGGGGUGCUACCUGUGUCCACGAAACUUAUUUCCUUGAUGAACAGAGCUUUACCUGGUGCUGAGUAGUGUAUUGUGGCAUAAUAAAUAUAUUUUAAAA